GCGACUGUUCUCCCCUCAUUUUCUUUCUUUUUCUUGCUCUUUCCCGCUUCUCAAACAUCUGAUUUCUUCUUUCUCUGACAAUUAUUGUUAGGGGAUUGAGAGAAUUCGACUUUUCUUGAGACUUCCUACUCCCCUCAUUUUCUUUGGUUUUCUUGAUGGUUCUUGCUUCCGAAACACACUGAUUUCUUCCUUCUUUGUACUUUAAUGGCUUCUCCUUCCGAUUCUGAGGCCUCUGUCCCUCCCUCCACUCCGCUCACUCCUCAGCCUACUGGUCCUCUGCUCCCUCCUCAGCCUACGUUAGCUCCGACGGCCGUGGCAGCAUCACCUCCUCGGAACCCAAUUGACUCCUUUUAUGCUGAACUCAAUGCCAAGGGAUAUGAAUUUGCUGAGCCAGAGCAUCCACCUGAAGUAGAACCAGAGCAUCCGCCUGAAGUAGCUGCUGCAAUCAAACUGAAAAUACUGAUAGACGGCAAAGACCUUAACAUGGCCAUUGCAGAAAAUGCGGCCGCAACCUCCAAAGCCACCAGAGGCCCCAAAGCCCCCAAAACCCCAAAAACCCUCAAAGCUCCCAAAGCCCCCAAAGCCCCACCUAUGAAACUGAGGAUUCUGAUGAAUGGCAAAGAUCUAGCCCUGUCUAUAGCAGAAGCUGCAGAGGCCGCGGCAGCCGCCACCGCCACAGUCCCGACACCAGGCUUCAAAAAACCAACGCUUCCAGUCGACGUCAACCCAGAAGCCGAGCCCGCCGUAGUUAUUAAGGAGAUGUAUAAUCAAAUGGAAGCGGCGGCAAUUCUUAAAUCACCAGUACAACUACAAGCAUCUGAUGAUUCCUUCAAACAAAAAGAAUCAGAUGAAUUAAUGUUACUGGUGGAGGAGGCACGUGAUGCCGUUGCUUUCACUGAAAGCCCUGCUGCCCCUGCCUCCGCAAUUGAUGUAAGGAACCGUGCUAUCGUCGACCUGUUACACCGACGCCAGUUGGCCCGUAACAUUUUUGUCACCCAUAAUCUGGGUUUCCCAAGAGUGUUACACUGGCUUGUAAGCAACAACCUCAUCAAUUGCAUGCAAUGGAUUACCCCGGAUGCAUUCGCAGUUAAUGAUCUGGGUGGUGUGGCACAACUGAUCGAGUGGGGGUUCUUGGGCCGUAUAUCAAACCUCUCGGAGUUCAGUUUGACGUUGGAGGUGUUUGGAUUUGUUGGAGUGAGCCAGGAUGGUAAAGUCUUUAAACACAAGAACGACUUAUUCAUUGAAGGGCGUCAAGACUUGCUGAAUGAUAUCAGGGCCUAAAAGAAGUGAUGUAAUGUUGUUGUAAUGCAACUUUUUGCAAGGUUGAUUUGUAGAUCUGACACCUUUCAAAGGAGAGACUGUUUCAACAAUGUAGCCAUUUGCGACAUUAAAGUUCUUUGAAAUAGAUACUUG